AUGGCUUCUCCUUUGGAACAAUUUGUAAACAAUGUUAGAACACAUUCAACUUCAGGUAACUUUCGUGAAUUAUGCGAAAUUAUUGGAAAAUCUGAUGAGGUGUUACAGCGUAACAGUGCACACCUGAACACAGUACUAGAGACUUUAGAUAUACAGCAGCAUUCUCUAGGUGUUCUAGCAGUACUUGUUGCUAAAUUUUCCUUACCUCAGGGUAAUCCUGAUGUGGAUAGAACAACAAUGUUUCAACAGAUUCAAGACUUUAUCAAUAAUUGUAAUGGUGAACAAGUUCGUUUUUGUCCAGAGCUUUAUGCCGAUUUAUGCCAUUUACUGACAGAUCACCUAGUAGAAUUGAAGCAACCAAUUAGAGGUAUAGAGAUAUUGAAAAAAGCCAUUAGAAAAAUUCAGUUGUUUGACUCUCAGUUAACAUCAAUCCAUGCUGAUAUAUGUCAACUAUGCCUUCUCUCUAAAUGUUUGAAGCCUGCACUUGAAUUUUUGGACACCGAUGUUACAAGUAUUGGCACUGAGCUCGGAGGGGCUAAUGAUUCUAAGCACUUUCUACUAUAUUACUAUUACGGUGGAAUGAUAUACACAGCUAUGAAGAAUUAUGAUAGAGCACUGUAUUUCUUUGAAGUAGUAGUUACUGUUCCUGCAAUGGUAGUCUCACAUAUAAUGUUAGAAGCGUAUAAGAAAUAUAUUCUAGUCUCUUUAAUUUUACAUGGGAAGAUUCAACCAGUGCCCAAGUAUACAUCCCAAGUUGUUUGUCGUUUCCUCAAGCCGCUGUCUGUAGCUUAUCAUGAGCUUGCUUCAUCUCAACAUGCAGCGAUGAGACAUAGGGAAACCUUUGUGAGAGAUAAAAAUAUGGGUUUAGUAAAUCAAGUUUUGAGUUCUAUGUAUAAAAAGAACAUCCAGAGGCUUACAAAGACAUUUUUAACUUUAUCACUGAGCGAUGUUGCUUCCCGUGUACAAUUGUCUGGUCCGGCACAAGCUGAAAGUUACAUUCUUAACAUGAUCGAAGAAGGAGAAAUUUAUGCUAUGAUAAAUCAGAAAGACGGUAUGGUUGUAUUCCUUGAUAGUCCUGAGAAGUAUGCUUCGCCAGAAACCUUGUGUGUACUGGAACAACAAAUGGCAGCGUGCACUAAACUCCAUCAGUACAUUCAAGAAAUGGAUGAACAAAUUCAAGUCAAUCCUCAAUAUGUGAAAAAAUCUGUUGGCAGCCAUGAUGAAGAUAUUCCAGCAACAAGUCAAAACACAAAAAACACUUAUACAAUGUAAACAUAUAUUAAUUUUAACUUUAACCACAUAAUUGUAAGUUUAUAAUUGUAACAAUCCAUUAAAAUAAUUAACAUAAAA